GUUCAGCGGCCGGACCAAAGUCCAAAUGGGAACCGACGGCCCUCCGCGAGCCACUGUUCAUAAGUUGACCUCCAACCAAUACACACAAAACGAAGUUGGAGGCCCAUUGUCGACGACCGGUGCAAGCUCCAUCCUUCUCUCGCGUUAUUGACAGGACAUGGCAUCUUUCCUGAAAUUUUACAAUGCAGCGUUGAUUCGCCGCCCCAUGUUGGCACAGUGCGCAACUGCGGCCUUCCUGUUUGGCGCAGGGGACGUUAUCGCACAACAAGCUAUCGAACAAAGGGGGAAGAACCACGAUUUCAUGCGGACUGCUAGACUCACCUUUUACGGAGGUGCCGUUUUUGGCCCCGCACUCACUAAAUGGUACCAAUUGCUCAAUCGCAUCAAAUUCUCGAGCCCCACAAAAGCGGUUGUCUAUCGUGUAUGGCUUGAUCAGGCUAUACUCACACCAGUUGCUGUGGCAGUCUUCUUUGGUACCAUGAGCACCCUAGAGGGGCAGGGUCUUCCCGGUGCCGUGGAACGCCUCCGCACGGCCUAUGAACCUACAUUGAUCCGUAACUGGAUUGUGUUCAUCCCAACCCAAAUCAUCAACUUCUCUAUCGUGCCGCACCACCUGCGUUUUGUGGUGGUAAGCGUCGUCAGCUUGUUCUGGAAUACCUAUUUGAGUGCAGUUAAUGCACGUAGCCAACGCCAAUUAGAGUUCGCCACUAGUGAAAAGUCGGAAACAAAGCCAGCUCCCCAGGGAGACGUAGAUUGAUUGGAUUGCUAACACUCAUGAUACCUUAGACCUGCAAAUUACCUUGAACAUUGCUUUCUCCGAUCUGAUGUGCAUUCUUGUUUCCCUGCUUGAUUCAGCAUAGCCGGACCUUCAGCGCUUCAGCAACCUCCAACUGUCAUCGAGCAACUGAACCAACUUCGCGGCCCGGGAUGCCUCUUGUGC